AAUUUGUAUAAACAAAAGUAUUUGCAUAAAGUAAAAACAAUACAUUUUAUUAUGUCUAUGUUACCAUUUUUCCCUUCAUUGCGGCCUCCAAUAGCCAAUCGGAUAUGGUUUGAUAGUGCUCCCAUUAAUGAGGAGGCUGAGGUACUCAAAUAUGAACGUGAACAUCAUAGCUGGUUAGAUGCCAUGAAAAAUGCUGCAGCCGAUUUACAUCCUUUGGGAAAAGUUUUGACAAUGCCUGGUCUAGAAACGGAUGACGAAGAUGCCAAUGACGAUAGUGAUGACUCUGAUAGCCAUGAUGAUGAGGAUGACGAUACCAAUGACCGAGCUAUACCUGGUUUACCAGAACGUUCCGCUCUAGGUUUAUAUUCACCGGGUGAAGAAAUGAACUUAAAUGAUGAUAUACCAAUAGUUGUUGGCCCGGGAUCUCAAUAAAAUUAAAUGAUAUUAAAUCAAAUAAACAUUUAUUGACAAAUUAUAAA